AUGUCUUUCUCAUCAACCACACAAAAGCCCUCCAGGGCCGAAAUCCGUGCUGAAAUAAAGGAGGCGAAGGAGGAUGGCUGGGAAAUGAUCGACGUCGCCGCCCUCAAGCAUGAAAUACGCACCAAAGCAAUGAUCGAAGACUUGUACAGAGGCAUGGAGCCGUUCACAGCAUGCAUGAAGUACAACAUUGGCCUGGGAGAAAUGGUCAAACGAAUUGCCAACUACGCUCGCCAUCAAGGCAAACAGAAUGGAGAAUUCCGAUGA